AACUUGAGUCAGGAGGAGGAAAGUUUUCAGGGUCGGGACAUCGUUGCUUAGCAGCUUCAGGCUCAGGACUCCGGCUGCCUCACGUUGGCUCUUUUCACCUCAGUUUAUCAAGGAAGCGCAGACGUGUUCCUGCUCGGCGUCUUCCGUCUGUCUGUGUGCCUCUCGCAGUUUCCGUGCCAAACAUGUCCCACACCGUGACGCUGAAGGGACCCUCUCCCUGGGGCUUUCGACUGGUGGGAGGACGGGACUUCAGCACACCGUUAACCAUCUCCAGGGUAACACCAGGCAGCAAGGCGGCCCAAGGUGACCUUUGUCCAGGCGACACCAUCCUGGCCAUCAAUGGCGACAGCACAGAGCACAUGACACACAUGGAGGCUCAGAACAGGAUCAAAGCCUGCACUCAGCAGCUCGCGCUCCACAUCAUCAGGUCGGGAUCAGGAGACAGAGUGUGGUCGCCGACUGUUAGUGAAGACGGCAAGACAAGUCCUUACACGGAGCCUGACUCACAGAAUUUCCGUCCCAUCAACAGCGGAUAUGGCGGUUACAGCCGUAAACCUUCAUACACCCCCGAGCCCCAGUCCCCACCGGCCCCUCAGACCACUCACGUGAAUAACGGACACUCCAGACCCAACAACGGCCACAGCUAUGGAUACGGAAACGGACACGCUCAGUACAACAACCCGACAGGGCUUUACGCUGGCAGCAACGGUGACAAGUUUCUGCCAAGCAAGAUGGGCGGCCUCAACCUCAGCGCCACACACAGCCCAGAGCCUCCUAUGCAGCCUCCUAUGCAGCUUCCCAUGCAGCCUCCUAUGCAGCCUCCCAUGCAGCCCCCCAUGCAGUCUCCCAUACAGCCUUCCAUGCAGUCUCCCAUACAGCCUCCCAUGCAGUCUCCCAUGCACUCCCCCGGGGGCCGCAAUGGUUUCAACACACAGUCAGACGUCUACAAGAUGCUGCAGGACUACGAGGAGCCUGUCUCUGAACCCAAACAGUCCGGAUCCUUCAAGUAUCUCCAGGGAAUCCUGGAGGCUGAGGAUGGAGGUGUGUCCCCAACAGAGAGGAUGAGAAACUUAAAGUCUCCAGUCAGGUCUCCAAUCCCCAAACUGGGAAGUCCCGUUCCCAGCCCCAUGUCUGGACUCCAGAAGCUCCCGCAGUGCACACGCUGCUGUAACGGCAUUGUUGGCACCAUCGUGAAGGCCAGGGACAAGCUCUACCACCCCGAGUGCUUCAUGUGUGACGACUGCGGCAUCAACCUCAAGCAGAGAGGCUACUUUUUCAUCGAGGACAAUCUGUACUGUGAGACCCACGCCAAAGCACGCGUCCAGCCCCCCGAGGGCUACGACGUCGUGGCUGUGUACCCCAACUCCAAGGUGGAGCUCGUCUGAGACGGAGGUGCAGCCCGUCCCUCUGUAAUAUAAGUGGGAAUCCAGAAUAUGGGAGGAUGGGUCUACUGAGUAUCUAAGCCUGGGUUUAUUUGGCUCCGUCAGGCAGGAAUUGACGAUCUUGGAUAUUGGGGUUUAACCUUUAGCAGAGUCCUAUGAAAUUUGUGUUUCAGCCUUUUUACACUGACAGACCCAAUGGAAUGCAAUAGACAUCAGGCAUCUUGACAUAUGUAAAAGCAUCUCCAACCUAUUAACAAGCUGAUAUUGUUCACUAUGUUCCCUUUGACGGCCCUCAUUUCUCAACUGUUGAAUCCUACACACACAAAAACAGCACAAAACAAUGUUCAAAUCCACAUCACAAGCACAUUACUAGAUCAUCCCAUGUAAAAAAACAAGAAAUGAGCAUUGCAGAGUUACCACAAGAGAUAUUUGAGCUGAGUGGGCUGCUUGCUGUGAUGAAGUCUGCAGGAGCUGGUGAUCUUUGCUGAAUUUGCAUUUCACACCAUUAUAGUGACAGUUUCCUAUAUUUGCCUCUGUUCUGCAAAGUCAUCUAAAGGUAUUGGCGAUAUAUUGUUUAAUGCUUAAAUGGGUUAAAAGGUUUAUUUUCAACUAUAACUUACAGUUACACAUUAUACUCCUGCUGCCGUUGGACUUUUGCAUUUGUAAUCUACAUGUUAAUUUUUCAGACUUUUAUACAGUUACAGAAACAUCUCUCUUUGAUUGUCACUUUUUUUGCUCUCUUUUCUGUUACGUGUAAUUCAUUAUAAUGGAAUGGGAAUGGAAUGUGCGUCAGUUUGCUUUGAGGUGUGGGUUUGCUGAACUACAACCCACAGCGACGCCUCCGUACACAGCUAUGAAAACACCACCUUCUGAAAUGUCAACAAAACUGCAGGAGGCAUUUUCAAAGCUCUGUGAGAGUCUUGGUUAGAUUUAGUAAAAGAUGUGAGCACAAAAACCUGAAUUCAUUUUCAGCAAAUUGCAACAAAAAUGAGGUUUUAACAAUGCAUUGAAUUUAUUCCCAACAAAGGAGAUAAAGUGCCUCUGGCUCGUGCACCUGACUGAGAGAGGAAUUUCAGCUCUCACCCUGAAGAAUUCAAGUUCACAGAGGAGAGAGCACAGAGUUCAGCGGGUGUGUUUAUUAAAAACACUCCGGGUUAACACUGCCCACUCGCCACAUCUUUUAAAAGCAGUCAUGUGCAUUUGAGGAGAUAGAGCCAUAGAAAACUGUUAGAAACUCAUAAAGUGGGGCUCCACAGCCGACAACAUGUGGGAGCAAUAUUCACUGUGUGUAGAGGCUUGGACCCACUGCAGAGAAACAUUACUGUUCCUCUUUUAGGAAGAUGGAGAGAGACAGAAGUUGGAGGUCUGCGUAGUUUAAUUCCCUUCCUACUAUGAAUUCAGAUUUCUGCUCACAGCCAAAAGAUAAAUGAAAUAUUUUUUUACUUUCCCUCUGAGAGAGAGGGAGGAAAGAAAUGAGGGGAUGCCGUAAGUUUUCUUCUCGUGACACGUGGUUUUUUUUACAAUAUAAUUCUUGGCAUGUUGUGAACCGGGUGGAGAAAGUGAGUCUAUGGUUUUAAAAAACUUUCCUAACAAAACUACUUGGAUCAUUUCAGAUGAGAAAAUGAACUUUGCCGUGCAGAUAUCCGUCUUUUUUUUUAGAUAUCAACAAUGUUGUGUAGCCACUGGUAUGCCAUCUGUACUAGUUACCUUGUAAAUUAUGUGAAAAUGAUAUUGCUACCACGUUGCUUCUUUGGUAUUGUAUAUAUUUGUUUUUAUGGUGAUUGCUUUAACAUAUAUAAAACAUGUCACUCACAUGCCUUCUGCAUAGCCUGUGUCUUUACAUGAUUUCUUUGACACAAAUCCUCUUUUUGUGUUUAACUUAUUGUUCCACCAACACACGUUUUUGUCCUGGAUAUUCUUAUUUUCUCUUUUUUUUUCUAGGACCUGAAUAAAAUGAGAAGUGAAUUACAA